UGGAUGGAUAUUGGGCUAUACAAAAUAAACUGAAUUGAAUUGAAUUGAAAAUUCAGUUCUGCCAGAAAAGUAGGACUGAAACCACUUGAGUGCAGAGUCUGACAGUCCAAUGGUGGUGUGGAGGCGCUCUAGGAGGAGAGUGUGAUCCACUGUGUCAAAUGCAGCAGUCAGGUCCGAUAAGUCAGGUCCGAUAACCUCACAAGAUUGAGGCAGCCGCCCCUGCUGCUUCUGCCUGCUCUCGUCUGUUUUUUAGGAGAGGCGCAGUUCAUCUCGGAUGGAUUUCUACUACAACACCCACACUGCAUCGCGCGCGAACGUCAUCACAACAGGAAGUAUGUGAGGCUGUCGGUGUGAGCAGUGUGGCAGGAAAAAGUGAGUGUAACGCUACUGUAGCUACGUGUGUCUCGAAGGAAGCGGUUUCCCCUUCUGCCAGCGCCAUGGACGACGCCCAGGAUCAAUACACCCCUAUUAGGAAGAAAUAAAUCCGACGGGCGAGGCUUUGUUCCCUCGGUUCUCAUUUGGUGGACACCCUAGAAUGGAACGGGCGAUGGAGCAGCUCAACGUACAGCUCAGUAGGCUGACCCGUUCCCUCCGCCGGGCCAGGACCGUGGAACUUCCGGAAGACAAUGAGACUGCAGUGUACACACUUAUGCCAAUGGUCAUGGCUGACCAGCACAGGUCAGUGUCAGAGUUACUGCUCAACUCCAAGUUUGAUGUGAACUACGCCUUUGGACGAGUGAAGAGAAGUCUACUACACAUCGCUGCCAACUGUGGGUCAGUGGAGUGUCUGGUUCUGCUGCUGAAGAGAGGAGCCAACCCAAACUACCAGGACAUCUCUGGCUGUACCCCUCUGCACCUUGCCGCUAGGAACGGACAGAAGAAGUGUAUGGGCAAACUACUGGAAUAUAAUGCUGAUGUCAACAUCUGCAACAAUGAGGGACUGACUGCUAUCCACUGGUUGGCAGUGAAUGGGCGGACUGAGCUCCUCCAUGAUCUGGUCCAGCAUGUGUCCAAUGUGGAUGUGGAGGAUGCCAUGGGGCAGACAGCUCUACAUGUGGCCUGUCAGAACGGACACAAAACUACGGUGUUGUGUCUUCUGGACAGUGGAGCUGACAUCAACCGGCCCAACGUCUCUGGAGCUACACCUCUGUACUUUGCCUGCAGCCAUGGCCAAAGAGACACUGCACAGAUCCUGCUCUCUCGAGGUGCCAAAUACACCCCUGACAAGAAUGGAAUCACUCCUCUGGAUCUAUGUGUGCAGGGUGGAUAUGGGGAGACCUGCGAGAUCCUCAUCCAGCACAACAGCAGGCUUUUCCAGACCCUCAUCCAGAUGACACAAAAUGAUGAUAUGAAAGAGAACAUGCUCAGGCAGGUUCUGGAGCAUGUUUCUCAGCAGAGUGACAGUCAUUACCAGAGGAUCCUGACCAGUCUUGCUGAAGUGGCUACCACUAAUGGACACAAGCUUCUCAGUCGGAAACAUCGACAACACCCAGACUUUACAACGCUGUCAACCACAAGCCUGUCCAGCAGUUAUGAAGCUCAAAUGAAGAGUCUGCUGAGAAUCGUUCGUAUUUUCUGCCAUGUGUUCCGCCUGGGGCCUUCAUCACCCAACAAUGGCAACGACAUGGGCUACAAUGGCAACAAGACGCCUCGGAGCCAGGUCUUUAAGAUGUGUGCGAGACAGAUGGAGGUGGAGACGAUACAAAAAGAUGAAUGUUCCUGGACAGGUUCUGCUGUCUUUGAUCCUUUGGAGCUGCUGUGGCACUCCCUGGAUGAGUGGUUGGUGCUCAUCUCCACAGAGCUGGAGAGGAACAGAAAGAACCCGUCUUCCUCCUCUUCCAGCAGCGAGAUAGCCUCUCUGCUUCUCAAACAACGGGAGGUCGACCACUCCACGCCAAAGCUGCCCUCCUUGCUGGAUCCUGAAGCCAUCAUGGAAACAGAGGUGUACGCCGAUGGGGAGGACGUCAUCUCCAUGACAGCCAGUCGGCUCAGUGCUGUGAUUCAGGCCUUCUAUAUGUGCUGCUCCUGUCAGAUGCCACAAGGAAUGACAUCCCCUCGCUUUAUUGAGUUUGUCUGCAAGCAUGAUGAGGUGCUCAAGUGUUUUGUAACCAGAAAUCCAAAGAUUAUCUUUAACCACUUCCAUUUCCUUCUGGAGUGUCCAGAGUUGAUGUCACGCUUCAUGCACAUUAUCAAGGCCCAGCCCUUCAAGGAUCGCUGUGAGUGGUUCUAUGAGCAUCUGCUUGCCGGCCAGCCAGAUUCAGACAUGGUUCAUCGUCCGGUCAACGAGAACGACAUCCUGCUCAUCCACAGAGAUACCAUAUUUCGAAGCAGCUGUGAGAUGGUUUCCAAGUCCAGCAAUGAGAAACUCAAACUGGGCAUUGCUGUUCGCUUCCAUGGAGAGGAGGGAAUGGGCCAGGGUGUGGUCCGGGAGUGGUUUGACAUCCUGUCCAAUGAGAUCAUCAACCCAGACUAUGCUCUGUUCACUCAGUCAGCUGAUGGUACAACCUUUCAGCCCAACAGUAACUCCUCGGUGAACCCAGACCAUCUCAACUACUUCCAGUUCGCAGGUCACAUCCUGGGUCUGGCUUUGUACCACCGACAGCUGGUCAACAUCUACUUCACCCGCUCCUUCUACAAACACAUUCUGGGUAUCCCGGUGAGCUACCAGGACGUGUCGUCCAUUGAUCCAGAGUAUGCGAAGAACCUGCAGUGGAUCUUGGAUAAUGACAUCAGUGAUCUGGGUCUGGAGCUCACAUUCUCUGUAGAGACGGACGUGUUUGGGGCGAUGGAGGAAGUGCCGCUUAAACCCGGAGGGACCAGCAUCCUGGUCACCCAGGACAACAAGGCCGAGUAUGUCCAGCUGGUGACGGAGCUGAGGAUGACGCGAGCCAUCCAGCCUCAGAUUAAUGCCUUCCUGCAAGGAUUCCACACCUUCAUCCUUCCCUCGCUCGUCCAGCUUUUUGACGAAUAUGAAUUGGAGCUCUUGUUGUCAGGCAUGCCAGAGAUUGAUGUGCAGGAUUGGUGCAGGAACACUGAGUACACCAGUGGCUAUGACCCUCGGGAGCCAGUCAUCCAGUGGUUCUGGAAGGUGGUGAACAGUCUGUCCCAGGAGGAACGUGUUCUUCUGCUUCAGUUUGUCACUGGAAGUUCCAGGGUUCCGCAUGGUGGCUUUGCCUUCCUGAUGGGUGGCAGUGGUUUACAGAAGUUCACUGUUUCUGCUGUGCCAUUCAGCUCUAACCUACUGCCUACCUCUAGUACCUGUAUCAACAUGCUGAAACUCCCAGAAUACCCAAGCCAAGAGGUCCUGAGAGACCGGCUGCUGGUCGCGCUGCAUUGUGGGAGCUAUGGUUACACCAUGGCGUAGCAUCAGUCCCUGCUGCUGUGAGGGUUUGCAGACUCAUGCAACACUCCCUCCUUCUCAGACACACUUUUUGUAGCCAGGCGCUGCUUUUGCUGGACAAAGAAAAGGGAAGUCCAGAUUGUUAUGAAUGAGCUGCUGCAGAGCCUCAAAGGACUGAAUGGAAACCACAGGUUCUGGAUCUUCAUACCGGUGACACAACUUCUCUUCUUUUCAUUGAAGUUGGUAUCUGGUAAUUUAUGCAAAUAACAAUUGAAUAUCUUCUAAAUUUGAACAUGUAAAACAUAAUUUAAAAACAUAAUUUAUACCAUGAAUCCUCUACUUAAAUACAAUACUCACAAUACGAUAUAUUCAUGCAUGCUUACUGAAUGUUAAAUAUGGAUUUGGUUUAAGGACCUUCCCAUAUGGAACCAGUGUAGAAUUGAUUAGUUUCUAACAUGGAAUCAAUCAUUGCGAUCAUAUCCAAAUCACUGCUGUCUUUAAUAGGCCAUAAUCAGGCCCACAUACCAGCAAACUGGUAUGAUAGAACAAAAACAUUUCAUUUUUACUUGGUUUUGAGAUUUUCUUUUGUCAUCUCCAUAUAAAAAAAAAAGUCAUUGUCUUUUGGGCUGCUAUCUUAUGUCUACUACUAAAAGCCCUUCCCAUCAGGGCUGGCUAUUAUCAGAGGUUUAAGAUGCCACGGUGCCAAUAUGAUACCUUGAUUUUUUUAUCCCAUAUGGCAAGAAACCAACAUCUCUUACUUUGUUUAAGAAAAUGAGCCAAACUUACAAAAUACAGUAAAAUCAAUAUGUAUGAAAGUGAUGCGUGAUAGUCAUAGGCCUACAUCCAUCUGGUUUCAGGCUGCAGGGAUGUGUAGCUGCCUUUAUAUAUGCUGAAAGAAGAAACUGUUGUAGUAUUCAAACCAUCAUUGGAACUAUGGGGCCCUGACCCAGAUCAAAAGUACACAUGUUGACAAAUAAUUAACAAUAAUUAUUCUCAUUUUUAUUAUUAAUUAGGUUGGUUUUAGUAUUUCUACUCUGAAUAUAUUCAAAUGUAGCUACUUUUUUUUUUUAACCUAAAAAUAUACAGUAUUUCACCACCUACUGAAGGGUUUAAAUGACCAGUUAACUGUAUAAAUCAAAUACUCGUUGUAGGAGUUGGGGUGGUGGUGAUAAUGGAUUCAUGACCUUAGUAUUUCUGAAAUAUAUAUAUAUAUUUGACCAAUCUAAUAGAUAGAAAAUAAUGUUUAAAAUAAUACAAAAUUAUGAACACUGGCGUUCUACCAAUAUAGGGGGUGCUGUCAUUGCAGGGAAAAGUGUUUCUUUCUUAUUUUUUUAAUAAGUGCACAAAUUAGAAUCCACAACAAGGAUAAUUUUUUCAUGGAUUUGUUUGCAAAAAUUGUUUUCAUUUCUUUUGGAGUUGAAUGUACUGUACUGUAUGUAAACUGGACUCAUCCCACUAUGAUGGAACAUGUUUGAGGAGGCAAAGCUGUAUUAUUGAACUUACUGUAUCAUCACGCCCCUCAAAUGCUUGUGGUUUACGAUGUAAAAUUAUUUUUUAACUUUGAACUGAGUAUUUUGCUGUCAUAUCUAUUUGUUCUAGUUUAGUAGACUUUCGUGAGGAACAAUACAAUAUAUCUACACGUUAAGUGUUGGCUUGCAGUGCCAAAAGACAAAACCUGAAAUCCUUUUCAAUACCUUCUUUAAUUUGUAUUUUUGCUGACAAAAAUAUGCUGAAUAUGCUGUGUUUUUAUUCUUCUUAAGAGAAGGGCCAUGACGUUUUCCUUCUUUCAUUUGUAAAGGGAGUGUACAUGUUGACUUAAUAUUUCAUAUUAUCUAUCAGUGUUGUUUUGAGGAUUUUACCUGAAAUGAUUUUGUAAACGGCUGUUAAUGUUUAUUGAAAAUGGAUCCUUUAUAGAUAUUUAUGUAAAUGUCUACAUUAUCAAAUUAUGCAUAUUCAAAUAUGUUGUGCUUUGAGAUUUUAUCCAAUAAAAGUAAUUUUGACAAUC